AUGCAAAAAUUCGAUCUUAACCUCCUUCUCCUUGCCUCCUCAGGUGUUCUUCUUUCCUUCUUCCUGAUAGGUUUCGAUCGAGCAAAAUAUGCAACAGCAGUCGAUGAUCCAAGAGUUAUCCACGAACUCUAUUCAGAACAUUUCAUCCUUGGACUUGUUCACACAUUUCUGGGAACAAUCGGUUUGAAUCACGUCAAAUUCUUUCAAUGGAAACUCCUCAUGAAUUUGAAGGUUUAUUAUCUUGCAAGUUUGGCACUUCAUGCCUUGACUGGUUUGGCUUGGAUUGUUUUGGCUUCUUUCACUUCUUCUUCUUCAUCUACUACUGGCAAUGAAGGUAAUUCUAAUAACACUUCGAAAAAGAAGCAACAACAAUCAUCAAACAAUAAUGGCAGUGUUGGAUUUAACUUUGCUUCAUUUGUAUUGAAUGGUUCUAUCAUUACUAUUUGUAUGGUUGCCUUGUUUGUCUUGUCACUUGUUUACAUUCCAAUCUUUAGCAAUUUGAGCAAUGGAACAAGUAUUAUUGCUACUACCUCUCAAUAGAAUAUCAUCCGUAUCGAAAAUAUUGCAUGAUAAUGAUAUGCUACCACUACUACUAUUAUGUAUUAUUAUUAUUUUCAAUAUAUUUGAGAGAGAAGAGUUGAAUUUUCUCUCAAUAUAUUACAAAUGGAGCGAGAGAAUAGACCCUAGGUAUAAAACAACAACAAAAACAACAAAUAUAUUACAUUGUAAUUUUAAUAAAAAGUGAGAAUUUAAAUCUUCC